AUACGUUACAAAUGUCUCUGAGGCCCCCUACAACAAGUUGAAUCCUGCACUGAGCACGAAAAAAUUAAUUAAAAGCAGUUAUUCCGAACCAUUUUCACACGACAGAAGAUAAAUAACUCUUGAGUAACCUGCGACUGGCAUUUGAGGCAUUAAAAAAUUGAAGAGAGACGUAAUUGAGCCUCCAAAGUGCAGAAUGCUUCAAGGAUGACAAACGCCAGCCAUUGACACCCCCACGCUGACUCUAAGAACCACUUCGAACGCACCAUCACCCCAGACCUCACUCCCCCGAAGAUGCCGCGUACAAAGCAGACUCGGAAACGCAACUCCUCCCUAUCCCACCUCGAGGAGAGUGACAUGCUGAUAAAGGACUUCCACAGACAGGCGAAGGUUCGCAUUCGCAAGAUGGACUCCGACUUCGAGAUGAUGUUCAACGGUUUCGCAAACCAGAUAAACAUGAGCCUCUCUAAGAUCCCCCCGGUGGCUCGCAAGUACACCCUGGGCGACCUGGCAAGAUUCCUCCGAGAGCAGGAGGAGGAGCAGGACUACGACGACGUCUCGUCGACGAGCGAGGACGUGCCAGCAGUGAUCGUGGCUCCCCCCACAGUGAAAUCAAAGCCAAAGCCCCUGAAGAGACAGACAGCAGCCUCGAUGGACGAUGGCUACGUCACAGAGAGUGGAAAUGGCAACCAGAAGAGAGUCUCGAGGGCCGACAAGGUCACCUCGACGACCCAGAAGCCCAGGAAGUCCAGGAGUUCGUCGAGAACCACCACUGGAAGGAGCCAGAAGUCCAGUGCAUCGACAGAGAGGCGAGGGAAAUCGACCUCUCGAGUCACCAACAAGUUUGUGACACCCUCUGUGCCAAAGCCAGCGACCGAGUUCAACCCUGUCACCCCCAAGAUCAAGCCGAAUACGCCUCUGAACAUUCUCAGACGCCCCAGGGAGGGCGAGAUGGUCCUCAGCAUGCAGGGGAGCCCCAUCCUGGUCUCCGGGAUCGUUAAAGAACGAACUGCCAACAUCAAUGUGCCUCUGGGGAAUGGCAACAUCAUCUCUCUGCUGCCCAAUGAGGGACUUCGCAGGUCCCACAUUCCUGCUCUCGAUCCUGAGACUGUCAGGCAACUGCAGACACUCAUGGGACACAUUGGGAAGGUCAUCGACACUCAGUGAAGAGGACAGGGGAACUGAUAGCAUCAUUCAAGUGAUUGUUUAGUCUCAUUUAUACGUAGGGAUCAUUUUAUGUUUUUAUAUUUUAGGAAAUAAGACUCAGGUUUUUAAGAAUUUCCGUUUUUGUGUUUGCAUGGUUCUCUGGUAAUAAAGAUUGCAUUCAUUUUGUAAA